AUGCUCCGCCUGCAAAGCUGCAUCCUCACCCGUCUCCUCUCAUCUCCCGCCACCUCUCACGCCUCCCCUCUCCACCGACUGCUCUCAGCGGCCUCCCCAAGCCCCUCGUUCGCCGUCGAGGACUACCUCGUCGCCACCUGCGGCCUCACCCGAGCGCAAGCCCUCAAGGCUUCCACCAAGCUCUCCCACCUCAAGUCCCCCACCAAGCCCGACGCAGUCCUCGCCUUCCUCGCCGGCCUCGGCCUGUCCAGAGCCGACAUCGCCGCCGUGGUCGCCAGGGACCCCAAGUUUCUCUGCACCAGCGUAGACACAACGCUGGCCUCUACCCUUAUCGACCUCACCGGAAUCGGCCUCUCACAUACUGAGAUCGCGCGCCUCGUCUCGCUCGCCCCCUUCAGCUUCCGCACCAGAUCCAUCGGCUCCAACCUACCCUACUGCCUGCACCUUUUCGGCUCCUACCAGAACCUCACCCGAGCGUUGAAGUUCGGCUCCGAUCUCCUCAGAAGAAGCCUCGAGAAGGUGGUCAAGCCCAAUGUUGCGUUCCUGCACGAGUGCGGGAUAGAUGCUAUUGGCAUUGCCUCGCUGUGCCUCGCUGUGCCAUGGCUACUUGGCACCAAACCAGAGCAAGUCCGGGCCAUGGCGGUGCGCGCUGAAGCUGUAGGUGUGCCCCGCGGCUCUGGGAUGUUCAGGCUUGCGCUGCAGGCUGUCGCGUUCCGCAGCGAGGAGACGAUAGCUGUCAAAGUGGAGCAACUGAAGACCGCGUUCAGGUGGUCCGAUGCUGAGGUAGGCACCGCUGUUUGCAAGUUGCCAAUGCUGCUCACAAUGUCCAAGGACACGAUGCACAGCAAAUCGGAAUUCCUUAUCUCUGAGGUGGGGUUGGAACCGGACUACAUUGCUCGUCGGCCGGCAAUGCUCAGUCUUAGCCUCAAGGGCCGGCUCAGGCCCCGGUACUACACUGUAAAGUUUCUCAAGGAUAAUGGAUUGCUAGACUGCAAGCGGGAUUACUUCAAUACAUUUGCGGCGAGCGAGAAGGUAUUUGUGGAGAAAUUCAUUUACCGUCACAAGGAUGCUGCCCCACACCUCGCUCAAGACUAUGCGGCCGCUUGCAGAGGAGAAGGGCCGACUAACUUCAGAUUUACAUGAACCCAGAACAGGCUAUCAAAGUUGGUAGUGGUGAAUGGCACAACAAAGUUUCCUCUCUGAGUAGUAAGCUGGUAAUUCCUGUUUGGGUGUUCUUUGCCCAACAGUGAUGUCUCAUUCGGUACGGUAGAGAAGAAAGUGUAUUUGGGGUUUCAGACUUCCGCUUAAGAUCACGGAAAUCUGAUGUAUGAAUGGACCAAUUCUCUGUUAUAACCAUGACUUCUCCAUAAAAUGUUAGUGUGAUUUACUUUCAUGCUGAA